GGCGGCAAUAACAGCCGCUGCUUGAACUUAGUCGGAAAGCUUGGGAAUACCCAAAUAGCCGGGAGCAUGAUCUACGACAACUGGAGACAACUGCUAGUCGCAGUCGCCGUGCUGCUGAUCAGUAGCCGUGCGCGCGGCAAUCCGGCAGCAACAGCAUUGAGCAGCUCCAGCGAACGCUUCGGGCUGCGCCUGGCCAGCAGCUUGGGUCUGGCGCAGCCGCACAGCAACGUGGCCGUCUCCCCGCUGCUGCUGCAGGCGGCUUUAACCCUACUCUAUGCUGGGAUCACGCCCGACUCGGCGGUAGCGGCGCAGCAGCUGCGCGUGGCGCUUGAGCUGCAGCAAUUGGGCAGCGCGGAGCAGGCACAGCGCCAGUUCGAGCAGCUCCUGGGCGAGCUGAAGCAGCAGGCAGCAGGAGGUGGCUGCCAUCUGCAUCUGCUGAGCAAGUUCUAUACGCAGCAGCGCUACACGUUCAGCUUUCGGGACGAGUUUGAGGCGCGUGCCGCGGCGCUGGGCAUAGACGUGCAGCGUCUGGACUUUGGCAACUGGGCGAGUGCGGCGCAGGAGAUUAACUAUGAGUUUCUCAGGCGCAGCAAUUACAGCGUGGGCGAGCUGGUCAGCGUUGGCUUGCUGGAGUCGAGCAGCGGCUCGGACACGCCCUUUUUGCAUGUCUCGGCGCUGACAUUGCGCGCACCUUGGGCGCAGGCUUUCGAUCCGCAGCAGACGCAGCGCAUCAACUUCUUCAGCUCGGGCCAGACGCCCAAGCUGGUCGAUGCCAUGUUCCUGCAACAUCGCUUCCGAUACGCAGAGAUGCCCGCACUGGAUGCCAGAGUGGUUGAGCUGCCCUUUGCCACGGCCGGCUUGAGUCUGCUCAUCAUUUAUCCCAAUCGUUUUCAGGGAUUGGCCACAUUGGAGAGCCAGCUGCAGCGCUUGGAUCUGCAGCAGCUGCGUCGUCAGCUCACCGAGCGCAAGUUGUCUCUGACGCUGCCCAAGUUCAGUUUAUUGGCGCACACCGAGCUGCGCUCCAUGCUGGAGCAGCUGGGCCUGGCCAAGCUAUUUACGCCCGAGGCUCAACUUCACAAGGUUUUCAGCUCGCUUUUAUCCAGCUCGGCGCCACAUUUGACAGCCGUGCCGCACACGGUGCUGCUCGAGCUGCAGGAGGCGGGCGGCGAGGCCGAGCAAACUUUUGUGGCUGCCUUUACCGAUCUGUUUCGCAGCACCUUGUCGCUGGUGAUCAAUCAUCCGUUCUUCUAUGCCAUCGGCAAUGACAAAACGCUGCUGCUCGCCGGCCAUGUGGUCGACAUCUAGAGCCGGGGAGGAGUCUAA